GUCACUUCCGUUUGUUUAUUUCUCGGCUAGACCUGUGAAUAGAGGUCGAGUCUCCUUUAAAUAUCAGCUCGAGUUCAUGCAUUUGAGGGGAAAAGCUUCAAUCUGAGCGGUGAUGUUUUAACCUAAACACAGAUCUCAAAGAGAGAGACAGAGAAAGAUGCGAGCGUCUGAUGCUAAAGGGAGACGCGGCGGACCGCAGCAUCCGUAUCCUUCAUCCAACAUCAUCCUCAUCUAAAAUGAUGCUGAACACAUUCAUGAUGUUUAUUUUCCGUGUGUGAUCGCUGGGUUUGGGGCUGAGAUGGUUCGGGUCGUCAGUGUUUUGGGUCUGGUGAUGUUCAGCGUCGCUUUGCUUAUUUUAUCAUUGAUCAGUUACGUAUCGAUAAAGAAAGAUUUCAUCUUCACCUCCCCGAAAUACGCCAUUGUCGGAGGACCGCGGAUGUACAUGUUUCAUGCGGGAUUUCGGUCCCAACUGGCAAUGAAGUUUGUGGACCCUGCCUUCACGUCCCUCAAUAACGCUCUCAAUGAAAACCUGCAGGAUUCCAAUAACUGGAGGUUUAAUAAUUCUGCUUAUGUAGACCUGAGUAAAGAAAUCGCCCAAUACAUUGACGUUCCACACAACUUCACCCUGACCAAAAGCAGCGUGCGAGUGGGUCAGCUGAUGCACUACGACUACUCCAGUCACAAAUACGUCUUCUCCAUCGGGGAAAACCUCAGGUCUUUGCUUCCAGAUUCUUCUCCGAUCAUCAACAAGCGCUAUAACACCUGUGCCGUCAUCGGCAACAGUGGGAUCCUCACCGGCAGCCGCUGCGGUCCGGAAAUCGACAAGUACGACUUCGUCUUCCGCUGCAACUUCGCUCCCACCGAGGUCUUCCGUAAAGACGUGGGCCGCAGGACGAAUCUCACGACCUUCAACCCCAGCAUUCUGGAGAAAUACUACAACAACCUCUUGACCAUACAGGACAGAAACAAUUUCUUCUUGAGUCUGAAGAAGCUCGAUGGUGCCAUCCUUUGGAUUCCCGCCUUUUUCUUCCACACGUCCGCAACGGUUACGCGCACACUCGUCGAUUUUUUUGUAGAGCACAAGGGUGAGCUUAAAGUGAAGUUAGCCUGGCCAGGAAACAUUAUGCAGUAUGUAAACAGGUAUUGGAAGACCAAACAUCUGUCCCCGAAGCGCCUGAGCACAGGGAUCCUGAUGUUCACAUUGGCCUCCUCUAUGUGCGAGCAGGUUCAUCUGUACGGCUUCUGGCCCUUCGGCUGGGAUCCAAACACGGGGAAAGAGCUGCCGUAUCAUUACUACGACAAGAAAGGAACCAAGUUUACCACCAAGUGGCAGGAAUCACACCAGCUGCCCACCGAGUUCAAACUGCUCUUCAAAAUGCACACAGAAGGCAUCCUGAAACUCAGCCUCUCUCACUGCACCUAAAGGUCAGGGGUCAGAAUCAAAAGGUCAGAGGUCAGGACCGUGGGUCACUUGCUUCUGCUAAUGAACGUUUGUCGUGAUUUGGGACGGCGUGAGCUUUAUUCUGCAACUAUCAACGUCAAGCCGAUGAUGGUAUUGUUGGUAACUCAUGAUAUUAAUGAUUGUGUGAGUAAUGAAGAUCAAUCCGCUCAAGGCUUUAUCACUUCAGUUUAUCAAACAGCAUCAUGUUACAAUAUAAUACUAACAUUACUGAAUAUAUCGCAUUUAAAAAGCACUUAAUAUACUCUACAAUUUUAGCCAUCCAAAAUAUUUCUCUUUGGCAUGUGUCUGGAUUUGUACUGUUUGUGCUACAGACAUGAAACUGAAAUGUGCCAUUACGUUCUAACCUAGCAGACUAAGUGAAUGAUUUUUGUUAAAAUGGGUGAAAAGAUCCCAUAGACUCACAGUGAAGGAGAGACCCGUGUCAAAUCUAUAGUGUGUAUGAAUGCAAUCUUGUGACCUGAACCUGUAAACAAGCUAACAAUCGCAUAGCAACAGGCUACAAUAGGGUGACCAUACGUGCCGAUGACGUAUGCAUUUGCCAAAAUACGACUUCCAGAAGACGCACCCCGAAAUCCUGGCCAGGUUAUAGAAAAAUGGCACGUAUGGUCACCCUAGGCUCUUAUAACAUCUUAGCAACCGCAAAACAGUGCAGUAAGCACUCCGAAUACCUUUGCAACGGCAUCAUAAUACAGACUGAACACAGUUUCUACAGAUAUCUAUAAGUAAAGUUAUAUUUUGAGAAGAAUCUAGUUUCUCAUACAGGACUGAAAGAUGGCUAUGAAGACACGACACUUAUCUACUGAAUGUUUUCUGAGAUCUCAAUGCUGAUCUGUUAAAUUAAUGCAUGGAUACUGUUGGUUGAUAGGCUCUGGGUGUUAUAUUUUACAAUGUUUACUGCAUUUUAAAUCAACAGGACUUGUGUCAGUCAAUCCGGUUACCAAACUGGUAGGCGGGACUCUCUUCAUGAGAGACAUGAUUGGCUGCAGAAACAUGUUUAUUUGCAUAUGAUUACUAUUUAAAGAGAAAUGUUUUCCCUUUAUUCAAGACAAAUGUGUAAUUGCGAUUUCAUGAAUGUGUGCGCAUCCAAGCAAGCAAUAGUCAUUGUUUUAGCGUCUAGGUUAACUAUAGACCCGAUACAGUACGGUUAUGGUUAACAUACUUGUAGCCAAAAUAAACUUGAAUUUGUUUACAUGUCGUUUUUGCCAAAAUAACUUGUGAGAUGUCUGAUAUUCCAACAUGUAAGCAAAGUCAGCAGUGAUUCAAAUGUGUUUGCUUUCAUUUAUUUAUUAAAUUUCAUUUAUUUUGGGGCUUUGGUUAGAUGUUUAUUAAAGUUUCACUAACAGCUAUUAGAUGUCUUUUAAACACAAAUUUGCUUGCUGGGAUGUGUCAGACACUAUAUAUGUGUGUGCGCAUGUGCGUGUGUGUGUGUUGUAUGGCAAAGUGGUCAGUCGAUUUAGAAAGUUUUUUUAGAUGCAUUAUAAUAUAUUAAGAUAUAUAAACAUUAAAUACAUAUUGAUAAGAUUAAUAACAGUUGUUUUCAUGACUUUUCUGUAAGAUGGUGUGAAUGUCAAACACAUUACUGUAAACAGCUUACUGACAGCUUACUGUAAAUGAAUUUCUUCUAACCACAUAAACCACUCAUCCAUGUCUUAUCUUCGAUUUGAAAUGUUUAAUUGAAAUAAAUUCUUAGUCCGAACAAUGUGGCUGUUACCUUUAAAACCGAAUCAAUAUCAAAUACAGAAGUACCUAUAAAUAAUGCAGGAGAUAUAACACAAUAAACACACUGAGUUAAGCAGUGAGGUAUGAGAAAUGAUGUUAUAUUGGGAAGAUAAGCAAUGCCAGAGGAUGUUUUUAUUCACAAUAAAUUUAUGCAGCAUGAAGUUAAUACAACUUCAUGUUUUGUCAAGUCAAUUCAACCUACUUUUUUAAGGUUUGGCUUUUGAUAAGUUGACAUAACUUAUAAAAUCAAAUUGAAAUUGUUUAAGUUAAAGUAACCUGAAAUUAUAUGUUGAUUUGACAAAAAUGCUGUGUAUUUUCAACAGUGAUAUAGCACAGCGACUUUUUUUAACACAUAUGUGACCCUAAACCACAAAACCAGUCAUAAGGGUCUUUUUAUUGAGAUUUAUACAUCAUCUGAAAGCUGAAGAAAUAAGAUUUUUUGUUAGAAUAGGACAAUACACUGUAAAAAAAAUACUUUGCUGCCUUAAAAUUUUUGGUUGAAUGAACUUUUGUUGAUUUACAAGUCAUUUUAACUUACUAUUAUUUAUCUUGACUAGAGAUGAGUUGUUAUAACUACAGGCGAGAAAAUUAAGUUGAAUUUUCUCAACUUGUAAAAUCUGAGUUGAUUUAACAAAAAAUUUAAAGGCAGCAAAGUAUUUUUACAGUGUUAUUGGUCAAGAUAUAACUACAGUAUUGGCAUAAAAGAAAAAUCUCUCAGUUGACCCAUACAAUGUAUUGUUGGCUAUUGAUAUACCUGUGCGACUUAUGACUGGUUUUGUGGUCCAGGGUCACAAAUUAAAAAUAUUAAUGAACCAAGAUUGUCAUUUAAAAGUUUAUUAAUGAAGAGCUACACUCACCUAAAGGAUUAUUAGGAACAUCUGUUCAAUUUCUCAUUAAUGCCAUGGUGUAAUGGUGUGGGGGGUAAUGUUUUCUUGGCACACUUUAGGCCCCUUAGUGCCAACUGGGCAUCGUUUAAAUGCCACGGCCUACCUGAGCAUUGUUUCUGACCAUGUCCAUCCCUUUAUGACCACCAUGUACCCAUCCUCUGAUGGCUACUUCCAGCAGGAUAAUGCACCAUGUCGCAAGAUGGAAUCAUUUCAAAUUGGUUUCUUGAACAUGACAAUGAGUUCACUGUACUAAAAUGACCCCCACAGUCACCAGAUCUCAACCCAAUAGAGCAUCUUUGGGAUGUGGUGGAACGGGAGCUUCGUGCCCUGGAUGUGCAUCCCACAAAUCUCCAACUGUAAGAUGCUAUCCUAUCAAUAUGGGCCAACAUUUCUAAAGAAUGCUUUCAGCACCUUAUUCUGAAAGACGAAAGGGGGUCAAACUCAGUUUUAGUAUGGUGUUCCUAAUAAUCCUUUUGGUGAGUGUAUGUAACCUUAAUGUUAGAUUAAAACUGUAGUUAGUUUCCUGACAUUUGUAGUUAUUCAAGUUUUUAAUCUGCAGUGAUCAGCUUUAGGAAGGCCGUUCCUUCAACCAGGAAAACUUUGCUAAAAUGGUUUACACAUGCAAAUUUGUUUUGCAAGAGCAAGCGGAUUAACAAACAAAUUGAUUGGCUGAGAUGAUUAACAGACUGAUUUGAUUGGCUGAGACAGGGCACAUGCUCUAAUUCCUGAUCAUAUUACUGAAGCUCUAUUUGCAAAACGCUGAAACUCUAAAACAUUUCGCUGAAGCCACUUGUCAAAUUGAUUCAUCUGUCUCGGUUUAUUGCC